AUGUCCACUGUAGGCCCCUCACGAAAACGGCGGAGGGUUUCACCAGGCGACGACGUUCCGAUUGAAGGCACCCUCGAGUCGGAAACAAUGGCUUCUGCUGCCCAAACGGCUUCUCGCCAGGCGGCCGAGCCCAUUGAGAAGGAGGAGAACCACCACAAGAAGCCAUGUCACCACGAACAAGAACUGCUCAGCCUACACAACGACCUCAGCUCGAUGCGCCACCUUAUCACCUGCAAUAUCUGCCAGCGGUUCAUGUAUGAGCCGUACGCCUUGCCAUGCGGGCACACGUACUGCUACAGCUGUCUGGCCGAGUGGAUGGGGACAAACCAUAAGAAAACGUGUCCUGACUGCCGCACCUACACCAAACAAGAGCCCACUCCCGCAUUCAUAAUCAAGGAGAUGGUGCUCAUAUUUGUCAAUCGAACUCAAUUGCUGGCAGACGGCGAGACAUCUGAGGAGCACCAUCAAUUGGCUCGAGAAGAGGCUGAUAUCGUUGCAAAGGAUCGCGCAGACACGGAUGAGCGACAAGGAGGACUUUUCAAGGGCACAUUCUCGCGUGCGUCGGCACGGCCCGUCACUGCUGUCCACGAUACUAGUGACCACGUGGAUCGUUGCCCGAAUUGCCUCCACGAGGUGGAAGACGGCUGGUGUCUCACAUGCCACGUGCGUGUAAGAUCGUCUGACAGCGACUCGGACGAUACGGAUUCAUCUGACAUGAGUGGGGAGGAUCACAUCGGCCUGGACGUACAUCAUCACAUCACCAUAUCAGACAUAUCAUCCGACGACGGCUCGGAUUCUGAGGAUGCCGAAGAUCUCUCGGGCUUCGUUGAGAAUGACAUUCGAUGGGAGAGCGACGCAGACCAGCCGGACUAUUCCUUCGAGGCAGUGGACUUUGAAGACACACCUCAACCGCAAGGACAAGCUCCACUCCUGGUGUCCGACGAAUCCGAUUCCGAAUCCGAUUCGGACGACAUGCAGCCAAUACGUCGACGACGCCCCGUGACUAUUGACUCCGACUCAGAGGACGAUUCUGAUGAGGUCGAGGAUCCCCCUGUGCGGCCCAACGGUAUGCGGAGUCGUGGCGUCAACCGAACGGACGUCGAAACGUCGAGCAGCCGCAGAUCUGACAGCGAGGACACGACCCGGCAUGAUGCCAAUGCUGGCUUCUCACCGCUUCAGUACGAUAGCGACGAGAGCAACGACACGACACGGCCCGUCGCCAAUUAUCACGCAAGUAGCCGGAUCCACGUGGAGUCAAGCUCAGACGAGGAAUCUGACCAGGCUAGCGAAUCCAACGUUGAUGAGGAGAGCGAUCGCAGUACAAACGGCGAGUCAGCUAGCGAUGACGAUGAGGCUGGACAGACUGACGACAUGGAGAUGGGAAUGGGUGAGCCUGGAUCCGAGGAGGACAGCGACGGAUCUGAGCAGAGUACGGCUACUGGAUACUCCGAUUGA